AUGAAUCAAAUGAAUACAAAUGCUAAUACAGAAUUAGCAAAAGACUAUAUUGCUAAACGAAAAAUUCCACAAUUAUUCGAAGCAUUAAUCACUGGUCUUAUGGUGCAUAAACCAGAAGAUCAUAUUGAUUUCAUUAUUGAAUCUUUAACACGACAUAAAGAUGGCAAUCAACAAUUAAAAUGGGAUACAUUUAUUGGACGAAAAGGUGGUAUGAAUAAUACAUUGGUUCCUUUGAAAACUUCGACAAAUACAAAUGUUACGUCGCCACCUCCUUCUUUACAUACAGAAUUGACUCGUCCACCAAAACUUGAUGCAAUACCAACAGGUAAACGAGAAGAAAGACCAAAAAUUGAAGAUCAACCACCACAGUCACCAAUACCAGAUCAACUACCACAAUCACCAAUUCCAAAUCAACAACAACAAAAAGUAGAUGAUCAUCAACAACAAAAAGUAGAUGAUCAUCAACAACAAAAAGUAGAUGAUCAUCAACAACAAAAAGUAGAUGAUCAUCAACAACAAAAAUUAGAUGAUCAUCAGCAACAAAAAGUAGAUGAUCAUCAACAACAAAAAUUAGAUGAUCAUCAACAACAACAAGUAGAUGAUGAUGAACAACAACAAGUAGAUGAUGAUCAACAACAACAAGUAGAUGAUCAUCAACACAUUAAAACUGAAGAAGUCGAUGUUAAAGAUUUACUUAAAGGCAAACCAAUUAUUUUUGUUGGUGGUGGACCAGGUAGUGGUAAAGGAACACAAUGUGAAAAAAUGAUUGAAAAAUAUGGUUUUACACAUUUAUCAGCCGGUGAUUUAAUUCGAGCAGCUACACAAGAUUCAACAACUGAAAAAGGUCGUUAUUUUAAUGAAGCUAUGUCACAAGGAAAACUUAUUUCAACGGAAGAUAUUCUUGGUUUACUUAAAGAUGCAAUUCAAGAAAGAGCCAAUGAAGCUUCCGGCUUUUUAAUCGAUGGAUUUCCGCGUCGUGUUGAUCAAGGUAUACAAUUCGAACAAGAUGUUGCUCCAUGUGAUGUUUUAAUUUAUUUUGAUGUACCGGAUGAAAUAAUGAUUGAACGAUUAACAAAACGUGGUGAAACAAGUGGUCGAAUUGAUGAUAAUCAAGAAACAAUUGCCAAACGUUUAGUUACAUUUCAUGAACAAACAACACCUAUUUUAGGUCAUUAUGGUAAACAAGGAAAAUUAAUAACAAUCGAUGCUAGUCGAGAACCAGAUGAAAUAUUUGCUGAUGUAUCAGAUGCAUUGACCGGUUUAAUGGAACAAAAGCAAAUGAAUAGCGAUCAUAAUUUAUCAAGUGAAGAAAAAUCUGCAAAGUCGAUCUGA